GCGGCUGCAUUUCUCAGUUUGUCAGUCGGGAAAGCCACUGACAUUUUUUUGGACGGAGAACUGGAAAGUAAAAGUUGAACCUGGAUACAGUUGGCGGACACGGGUUGAGAACUUCAACGGUUGGUAAAAGUGUGAACAGGACAAACACAAUCUAUUAAAAAAAAAAUGUCUUCCAGAAACGUGACAACAACGUCAACUUAUUUUAAGACGGCGACAGUCCCCGCGAGUUUCCCCCGGGUGGAUAGCACGUCGCUGGCGCUGCCUUCGGACAAGACUAUGCUAUCUGGGGGUACCCUCGGACAGCAGCGCGUAACGGAGCAGGUUUACAGCACGUUGAAGAGAAACAAGACAACCCAGAGAAAUGAAAGCAACUCCUCGAAAGAAAGCUCAACACGACAGAAUGAAUUCAGUUUCAAGAUGUCCCCCACAACGCCUACAGGAAGUGGUUUCUUUUCAAGCAAUGUCAGCGGAAACCAAUACAGCAAUUACAGUUUGAAAAAACAGAAUAGCCUGCCGCCUAUGAAAUACCGUAAUAACAGCAUGGGGUUCUCAAAAAGACAGUUCAGCUACAACAACCAGAGGGAGAGCCAGUUCUCACCCACCAGCCCAGUUAACGGCUUCCAAACCUACAAGACCAUGACUACCAGUCGAAGUGAGCCUGAUAUACCACAGGUCGCCAAGUCGCCCACACUGCUCGACUACCAGAACAAACGCCACAGUGCGUACAGGUAUAUGACCUUGCCCAUUGUAACUGGAACCCAAGUCCAAACUACAGCCAACCAGUUCAACUCACAUCAGACAAUGGUAGACAGCGGUGGCAUGGCAGUUUCAAAACUCACCCUUCGCGAGGCUGUGGAUUGCCUUGGGCAGAGAGAUGAGAACCUGCAGUACAGCGGCGCCUCUUUCAUCCAGCACUCCAGCUUCCAGAAGGACAAGACAAGGCAGGAGGUGUAUUCUCUUGGUGGGAUUCCCAAGCUCGUGGACCUGCUCAGCAGCAAAAGCCCCGAGGUCCAGCAGGCAGCCUCCGGUGCGCUCCGCAACCUGGUCUUCAAAUGCCAGACCAACAAGAUGGAGGUGAAGAGGAACAACGGCAUCUAUGAGGCUCUGAAGCUACUGAGGCAAACCGACUGCCCGGAGAUACAGAAACAGCUCACAGGGCUGCUGUGGAACCUGUCCUCGGCUGAAGAGCUGAAGCCAGAGCUGGUCAGAGACGCUCUCCCAGUCCUCACUGAGAAAGUGGUGGUGCCCUUUGCAGGCUGGUCAGAGCAAGAUGUCCAGCUCGACAGCAGCCUGGACUCAGAGAUCUUUUACAAUGCCACAGGCUGCCUCAGAAACCUGAGCUCGGCAAACCAGAGUGACCGCGACGCCAUGCGCAACUGCUGGGGUCUGGUUGACUCUCUGGUCAGCUACGUCCAGGCCUGCGUGAGCGCUGACCGUCCCGAUGACAAGUCAGUGGAGAACUGCGUUUGCAUUCUACAAAACCUGUCGUACCAGCUGGAGCGGGAGGCCCCUGCCCAGUUCAGCCAGAUCAUCUCCCUGGCCAGCUCCCCGACCCGGGACCUCUCCACCAACGACUCCUCGUCCAUGGGCUGCUUCAGCCCACGUAGCAGCCAGAUCUCCCAGGAGAACUCCUUUUCUCCUCCUAUCCUGGAGGACAGCAACCCCAAAGGGAUGGGCUGGCUGUUCAACUCCAAGACCAUGCAGACGUACCUGUCACUGAUGGGAAAGAGCAAGAAGGAUGCAACACUGGAGGCCUGUGCCAGCGCGCUGCAGAACAUCACUGCCAACAGCGGAAUAGUGUCCAAUGUGAUGAGCCAGACCAUUGUGCAGAAGCUCAACGGGCUACCAGAGGUAUCGCGGCUCCUCAAGUCCAGUAACCCAGGCGUCCAGAAGACUGCCAUGUCGUUGCUGGGCAACCUAUCUCGAAACCCCAGCCUGCAGAGCGUCAUGAGUCGUCAGAUCUUGCCUGACAUCACGCAGGUCCUCACCAGUGGAGCACGCAACACGGCCUGCUCAGACGACAUGAUGGCCGCAGCCUGCCACACCAUCCGCAACCUCGUGGUCUCCAACCCUGAGUCAGCCAAGGGAGUAAUGGGCAACAGUGUGCUGUCCACGCUCUGCGACCUCAGCAGAAACGGAUAUUCCCCGAAAUCCAGCAAAGCCGCCGCCAUCCUGCUGUAUGACCUCUGGGGGCAGAAGGAGCUUCAGAGUUUCUUUAAAAAGCAAGGGGUGAACAAAAAUAUCUUUGUGAAUGACAUCACCAAUUCAGCCUAUAAAACCCUGCAGGGGGUGAUGUGAUGAGGCUAUGUGUGGGGAACUGGCCAAACAGAUAUAUUUUUUCUAGAAAGCAUGGUUUGAAUAUUUUAGAACAGAAGACAGCCAUGUCUAAAUGAUACCAAUGAAUGUAUUGCAGUUACUUUUAAAACGGUAUUGUGGUAUACAUGUUUGUUUGCUUCAUGUUUUAAUAAAUAAAUACAAACAUGUAUGUUUGGGGUUUGGGGGGGUGAUUGUAUUGUCAAUUAAAUGUAUUGUUCCUUUUUCUACAUUAGAUGAAAUGCUAAAUGUGUCUUUUUGUACUACAUGAUAUACAUUCUGCAGCUGAAGUCGAAGUAUUAUUCAAGCUAAGGAAAAAGGCUGGUAGCUAGGUGGCACAAUAGGUUAAAUGUAUUAACCUGGGUUAAGUGAGUUUGUUGGUCUCAACUUCGCCCUUAAGGGGAAGUUCAAAUCGCAAAACCACCAUUUGGUGCAAUUGACACCCAAAGGCACUUGCAGUCUCUGUGCAAAUGGAGACUGAACUGCCCCCUUAUCUACUAAGAGGGUUGCCCAGGGCAGACAUGGGGCAAUGUGGGGAAGCUCAGAUAGUCACUGCUUGUGCUCUCCCUGCUCCACUGAGAGCCAAGAUAGUGUUCUCGCUUUCCGGUUCACACACACCGCAAAGAUAAUUGCAAAUUAGCAUCUUACUCAUUUGCACUCAUUUAUGUGCUCUGUUAUUCCCACUGGUUUAUAUAACAGUUCUCUCAAUCUGCCUUGACCUGUUUUGGAGCUCGCCUGGAGAAUCCAGCGUGCCAGGACUAAACAGCCUUUCUCAUUUCAAUCGAAUCAUGUGACUUUUCAACUCUGCUAGCCCCGCCUACUCAGUCAUACACAGGGACAGAGAGAAUAGCAGCUGCUGGCAGUUCAAAGGUUAUAUUCUCACAUGAUUGGAACGCAAUGUUAGUCCCAGCACUCCAGACAACAAAAGGAAGAUUUAGAGACAAAUGUCAAGAACUUACUGUUACAGCAACAAAAUCUGGAACCUUGAAUGAGUGCAAACAUCAUAAAAUACUUUUUAUUUUUAUUUUUAAAGCAGUUAAAAUGACAUUUCUACUUACCUUUUUAAAUGUGGAAUGACGUUGGACUUAUUGCACGUUCUGAUUUUGUUCUGUGCAACAGAAGCACAGACUGUAUAUUGUCAUCACUGACAUGAUUAUCCUGCUCAGCUGGCAGAUUGUUUUUCUAGAUUUGUGUUUUAAAAUAUUUUGUCUUGAUAAGCCUUUUUUUUUUUUUUUUUUUUUUUUUUUUUUGCAUUGUAUCUUAAUAAACAGGAUUGUUUUUUAUUUUGUAACAUUGUUAUUUGGGGUUUACAUACAGGGUUUUAUUGUCCCUAUAGAACAAGCUCAUUGUCCUGCCAGUGAAACAUCUCAGUGUAUCUCUUCUGAAUGAUUCUCUGCUGCAUUAAACAGCAUGAUGAUAAUGAUCGUCAUUCGUGCAACUUGGUCUUUAACUGUGGACAAAAGCUGCCACUGGAAAUUUACUGGUUAGGCAAAUAUUAGUAAGGGCAUAUUAGUAUUGUUACCUAUACAUAGUUAGUGUACCUGCAUUUUGAAGCUAACAAUUUUUGAUUUGACAUUUCAGUGUUCUUGGGUGGCUGAGCUACUCUUAACAGCAAUAGUCUAGUUCAAAAACAGGGGUCUCUUUUACUCAGCUAAUGAAAUCCAAACAUUGUUUUAUAAAAGGCAGAAGCGUUUAUUGUGUUAAAAGAUGCUCAUUCAUGUAUAGCUGUUUGAAAUGAAAAUGUAUUGUGUGUGUCAUUGUAAGGAACAGAAAUGCGUGUUGAUGUCUUUAUUAUGCUGAUGUAGAAAACCAAUUUGUCAAAAAAAAAAAAUGUUUAUGAAAAAAACACAAUAAAAAAAUAAACACAG